GGCUGAGGACGGUUGCCUGGUGCCAUUAGCAAGCGGCAAGUAUGGCGGUAGCGCGAGCCGACGGAGCUGUGACUCCGGGAGAAGUAUCAGUGGUGAACUGGUCAGGGCAGGGACUACAGAAAUUAGGUCCCAACUUGCCCUGUGAAGCUGAUGUUCACACAUUGAUUCUGGAUAAAAAUCAGAUUAUUAAACUGGAAAAUCUAGAGAAAUGCAAACAGUUAAUACAGUUGUCAGUGGCUAAUAAUCGGCUGGUUCGGAUGAUGGGCGUGGCCAAACUUACUCAACUCCGGGUGUUAAAUUUACCUCAUAAUAGUAUUGGCUGCGUGGAAGGACUGAAGGACCUAAUCCACUUGGAAUGGCUGAAUUUAGCAGGAAAUAAUCUGAAGACCAUGGAGCAAAUCAGUAGCUGCACAGCGCUACAGCACCUGGACUUGUCGGACAAUAGCAUACCCCAGAUAGGUGACCUGUCAAAACUGGUGUCUUUGAAGACCUUGCUCUUACAUGGAAACAUCAUCACUUCUCUUAGAAUGGCACCUGCUUAUCUACCCAGAAGCCUUUCUAUAUUGUCUUUGGCAGAAAAUGAAAUCCGAGACUUAAAUGAGAUCUCGUUCUUGGCCUCUCUCAGUGAGUUGGAGCAGUUGUCAAUCAUGAACAAUCCUUGUGUGAUGGCAACACCGUCCAUUCCAGGAUUUGACUAUCGGCCGUACAUUGUCAACUGGUGCUUAAACCUCAGAGUACUGGAUGGAUACGUGAUUUCUCAGAAGGAAAGUUUGAAAGCUGAAUGGCUUUAUAGUCAAGGCAAGGGACGAGCAUAUCGGCCUGGCCAGCACAUCCAGCUUGUGCAGUACCUGGCUACAGUCUGUCCUCUUAUUUCUGCACUGGGCCUUCAGACUGCAGAGGAUGCCAAACUCGAGAAGAUUCUUAGUAAGCAGAGGUUCCACCAGAGGCAGCUGAUGAACCAAAGCCAAAAUGAAGAGUUGCCUUCUCUUGCUCCUGUUGAAACAAGAGCACCCCUUACCCCUGAGUGCUCAAGCCCUGUUGAAGAUUUCCAGGAAAGCGAGCCUGUUCUCCAAAUCAAUUCUUGGGUUGGGAUAAGCAGUAACGAUGAUCAGUUCUAUGCUGUUAAGAAUAACUUCCCAGCCUCUGGACACACUACAAGAUACUCUCGGAAUGACCUGCACUUGGAAGACAUACAGACAGACGAGGACAAGCUGAACUGCAGUUUGCUCUCUUCAGAGUCCACUUUUAUGCCCGUUGCAUCAGGACUGUCUCCAGUAUCUCCCACUGUGGAGCUGAGGUUACAGGGCAUCAACUUGGGCCUAGAAGAUGAUGAUGACGAUACAGAUGAAGCCGUGCAAAGGCUAGAAAGCCAGGACUUGGACAAGGACAAGGAAAAACCUUUGUGGGAUACAAAUGAGAGUUCUGCUCAAGUGCUGAAAAGUAAGAUGAGUGAAGAAGUAAAGGAGAAAGCGGGGCUGUUUCCUUGUCCCAAGUCAGUGCUUAUCAAUGCUCUCUUGAAGGAAGAUAACCAUGGUCUUACAUCUUUUCCGGAGUCAGUUGGACAUAGUGUGUCCCAUGUAGAGCCAAACAGUGAAGAAACCAUGUCUUCCACCACUUCAGAGAAAUCUCCCUGCAGAAUUUUUACCGAGAGGUCUGUUGCUUUGGGACAAGAUAAAGUCACCCUUCAGAAACUGAAUGCAGCCGCCACUAAGCUUCAGGCCUGUUGGCGGGGCUUUUAUACCAGGAACUACAGUCCACAAGCCAAAAGGGUACGUUAUGAAAUCCGGCUGCGCAGAAUGCAGGAGCACAUUGUCUGCCUGACCGAUGAAGUAAGGAGAUUAAGAAAAGAAAGAGAUGAAGAGCGUGUGAAAGCUUCUGUACAAGAAGAAGCUGUCAGAUUCCUUUGGAACGAGGUGAGAUCCCUACAAGCUUGGCAACGGACGGUGGAGCAGCGUCUAACUUCCUGGCAUACCGAUGUUCCUCCUAUAUCUAGUACUCUAGUGUCACCUAAAGCUCCAAUAUUUCCACAGCGUCAGGCCCUCACUUCUGAUCAGAAUCCUGAGUGGCUCCUUGCUGAGGCUGAAGCGUCUCAAGAGAGAUCUGUUCCAGAAUUCCCAGACUCUGGUUUUCAUUCCUCCCUAACAGAACAAGUUCACUGUUUGAAGGAUUCUUUGGAUUUUGAAAAGAGCUCCAUAGAAAGCAGUCAAAGCUCCAUGUUGGGGAAUUCCACGGACACAGUGAAAUACGGUGGAGACGCCAACUUAGAGGCCAUGAGUGGGGAGCAUGCAGACUGUAGCAAGGAAAGCUCCAACAGCGAGCAGGACAACACCCUGCUCGAACAGUAUUUAUCUUCAGUCCAGCAGCUGGACGAGGCCGAUGAGAGGACAGAUUCUGACGAUGUGGCAGGAGACAGUACAUGCCACGUAGCUGGGUCCCCCGAAGGGUUGGAUGUCUCCUCUGAGAUGGAGGCCCCUGGAGUAUCUCCCCCUUUACAGGAUGAGAUUAGCCAGACCCCAGAGAAUUGUAAGUUAAAUGCGGACGUUCAAGGGCAGCAGCCGGAAUGUGACUCCGCGUUUCAGGUGUUGCACGUGGGUGUCACUGUGUAACCUGUCUGAUUUAACUGGGGAACAGAGAUUCACUUGGAUUUUCUCAGUGUUUCCAGUUGCUUCUUUUCUUUUGUAGGGGGACAGUCUUUCUCCCAUUUUGUUAUUGUUUCUAUAAAACUUGUAUUUUGUUCCGUAUUUUUCAGAUUUGAGAACUUGAGCUAAGUCUUCAUUUUGAUUGUACUAAUGUACUAAAAAUAUUGAUAUUAAAAGGCAUAUGCACUUUAUUUCUUAAUAAUUAUACCAAUAAUGUUUCUUUUACAUACUUCCUUUCAAAAACAGCUUCUUAAAGAAUUUUUGGCAAUUUAAACAAGAGAGCUUUGUUCUUCUUAAUUACAUAGUAAGGAAUAUAAUAUGUAGGAUGAGGAUUAUGAACAACUGAAAUUUGCUGGACAGUCUCCUUGAACUAGAAAUAUGUCUUU